AUGAAGUCAAUUCGUGCUACUUCUGCUCUGGCAUCCCAAGUCUCGGCCACGACGUGCUCACGAGCAGCAAUCGCGUCCCGCACCGCCUCGUCCACACAGACUCGCUCCUUCUUCCCGAAUCCCUUCGCAACCCAAUCCCUCCAGACGUUGACCGCAUCCAAAAUCCUGCCCUACGAUGCAAAAACCCUUUACGCAAUCGUCGCCGACAUCCAAAGCUACCACAAGUUUCUCCCCUUCUGCAUCUCUUCAAACGUCACCAAGCAAUCCUCUGCCGAUCCUGAGGGAAAGACAUGGCCUGAAGAAGCGGAAUUGGUUGUUGGCUACAAGGAUGUCAUGCGUGAAUCCUUCUACAGUCGCGUCUACUGCGCACCACAAAACUUCAUCGUCGAGUCCGUCAGCGGAGAGACCAACACCAACCUCCCAGCAGCAAGCAUAGAACAUCACAAUACUCGUCCCUCUGCCGAUCAAGAUCCCGCGCGCAACGCUACAAUCCUCACACAUCUCCGCUCACGCUGGCAAUUGAGUCCCUUCCCAUACAAGCCUGGUCCCAUGGGCAAUGAAAGACCUCAAGAAGUCACUCCAGAUAUCCCUGCAAGGAUGCAGACCGAGGUCAAUCUGGUCAUCGACUAUCAGUUUGCGAACCCGCUUUACACAACAUUGAGCGCUGCCGCCGCGCCCAAGGUUGCAGAGAAGAUGAUUGAGGCCUUUGAGAUGAGGGCGAGGGAGAUGUUGGAUCGUCCUGCUGCUAGCGCGACGCAGAAGUCUAAGGGCACUGUCAAUGGUUCUAACGUUUGA